AGUUUUAAAGCAGCCGCUACCACAGUCACGACUGAACGCGGCCCUUACUCUGCUCCUGCACCACGCAGUGCCUGUGGUUUUCUUUUUUGGGCUUGUCAUUUUCCUGCGUUUCAUUUAUUUAUCUCUCUCUCUGCUUUUCUAAUUUCUAAAUGAGAGAGAAACAAUGAAAGGGGUAGCCUCUACCGCCCUCCUUUUUGCAAUUCCAAACGCGUAGAUGUCUUUUCGAAGAGAUUCCAGACGCGUUCUUCCUCAAAUAAAAUAAAUAUUCAAUCCCUCUUAAUCUAAACACAACACUUGUCAUUCUCCCUCCCCACGACGAUUAUCAGAUCGCUGCAUUUGAUUUAUGACAUGAGGGGUUUUCCCAGGCACGAACGCCGGUGGGCGUCUGACACCGUUGCCGGAAAAGGAAUUUCGUCAGAUUCAUCUCCUAGAAGCAGCGGUGCAACUGCCGCAGAAGAUGAGCUCGUGGAGGUGACGCUUGAUUUCCAUGACGACGACACUAUCAUUCUUCGGAGCGUCGAGCCCGCCACUGUCUCCGACUUUGAUCAUCAUGAUGUCAUCGGUGGGAGCGAAACAUCGACGCCGGCAUCGACAUCGAGAUCGCCGACCAUUCGCCGGAGCUCCUCCCAUCGACUCCGUCAGUUCUCACAGGAAUUAAAAGCGGAGGCGGUGGCGCGGGCGAAGCACUUCUCGCAGGAGCUGAAAGCGGAGCUGCGGCGCUUCUCGUGGAGCCACGGACAUGCAUCUCGCACGCUUUCAUCGUCGUCCGCAUCGACACCGCAGCCGGAUGCACGGUUGGCUGCUCGGGCGCUCCGUAGGCAGCGAGCUCAGCUGGAUCGGACGCGAUCUGGCGCACAAAGGGCACUUCGAGGGCUGAGAUUCAUCAGCAGAACUACAGCCAACGGUCCGGAUGUAGAUUCUUGGAAAGAGAUCCAAUGCAACUUCAAUAAGCUAGCAAAGGACGGUUUCCUUCACCGCGCAGAUUUUGCACAAUGCAUAGGGAUGAAGGAUUCAAAGGAAUUCGCAUUGGAACUGUUCGAUGCAUUGAGUCGGAGGAGAAGGUUAAAGGUGGAGAAGAUCAGCAAAGACGAGCUUCAGGAGUUUUGGUUGCAGAUUACUGAUCAGAGCUUCGAUUCUCGCCUUCAAAUUUUCUUCGACAUGGUUGACAAAAAUGAAGAUGGACGCAUAACAGAAGCCGAAGUGAAAGAGAUAAUCAUGUUGAGUGCUUCCGCAAAUAAACUGUCGAGACUGAAAGAGCAGGCAGAGGAAUAUGCAGCACUUAUUAUGGAGGAGUUGGAUCCAGAAGGGCUUGGCUACAUCGAGCUGUGGCAGCUGGAGACGCUGCUGUUGCAGAAGGACACAUACCUCAACUACAGCCAGGCGCUGAGCUACACGAGCCAGGCAUUGAGUCAAAACCUGCAGGGUCUAAGCAAGAGGAGCCGGAUUGGCAAGGUUAGUAGCAAAGUGGGGUAUUACCUGGAGGAGAACUGGCAGAGGCUGUGGGUUUUGUCUCUAUGGAUUGCCAUAAUGGUGGGCCUUUUCCUUUGGAAGUUCUUUCAGUACAAGAACAAGGCCGCUUUCCAUGUCAUGGGUUACUGCCUCCUAACGGCUAAGGGCGCGGCCGAGACCCUCAAAUUCAACAUGGCCCUCGUCCUUCUCCCCGUUUGCCGAAACACUAUCACCUGGCUUCGUUCCACUUCCCUCUCUUUCUUCGUCCCCUUUGAUGAUAACAUCAACUUCCACAAGACUAUUGCCGCUGCCAUCGUUGUCGGGGUCAUCCUUCAUGCCGGUAAUCACCUCGCCUGCGACUUCCCACGCCUCCUCUCCUCUCCUCCUAGCGACUACCGCCUCGUCCAGAACGACUUCGGCCGUGACAAGCCUACCUAUCUGGCCCUUAUCCGGGGACCCGAAGGCGUUACCGGAAUCCUCAUGGUCAUCUGCAUGGCUAUCGCUUUCACCCUUGCCACCCAUUGGUUCCGUCGCAGCCUCGUGAGGCUCCCCAGGCCCUUCAACCGCCUUACUGGCUUCAACGCUUUCUGGUACUCCCACCACCUCUUCGUCAUUGUCUACAUCUUGCUCAUCAUCCAUGGUGUAUUCCUCUACCUCGUCCACAGAUGGUACCUCAAGACGACUUGGAUGUAUCUUGCCGUCCCUGUUCUUCUGUAUGCAGGAGAGAGGACACUGAGGGCUUUUAGGUCUGGUUAUUUCUCUGUCCGGCUUUUGAAGGCAGCUAUAUAUCCAGGUAAUGUCCUGACUCUGCAAAUGUCAAAGCCUGCUGCUUUCCGCUACAAGAGCGGGCAGUACAUGUUUGUUCAGUGCCCUGCAGUUUCCCCAUUCGAAUGGCACCCAUUCUCAAUUACUUCAGCUCCGGGAGAUGAUUACCUGAGCAUCCACAUCCGGCAGCUGGGUGAUUGGACACAAGAGCUCAAAAGGGUAUUCUCUGAGGUAUGUGAGCCUCCAGUAGGAGGUAAAAGUGGGCUUCUAAGAGCUGAUGAAACCACCAAGAAAAGUUUGCCAAAGCUCUUGAUAGAUGGGCCUUAUGGAGCUCCUGCUCAGGAUUAUCGUAAAUAUGAUGUCUUGUUACUCGUUGGAUUAGGAAUAGGAGCAACGCCUUUCAUCAGUAUAUUGAAAGAUUUGCUCAACAAUAUCAUAAAAAUGGAAGAGCAAGCUGAUUCCAACUCGGAUUUUAGCCGGGCAACUGAUUCGUGUGCUGGAACAAGCGAUUCGACCUCUGUUAAUAAGAUGUCUCCGAAACGGAAGAAACCUUUAAAGACAACCAAUGCCUAUUUCUACUGGGUGACCCGGGAACAAGGUUCCUUUGACUGGUUCAAGGGUGUCAUGAAUGAAGUUGCUGAUCUUGAUCACAGGGGUGUAAUUGAGAUGCACAACUACUUGACAAGCGUGUAUGAGGAAGGGGAUGCUCGCUCAGCUCUCAUUGCCAUGGUCCAAGCACUCAACCACGCCAAGAAUGGUGUAGACAUUGUUUCUGGCACCAGGGUGCGGACGCAUUUUGCGAGGCCCAACUGGAAGAAGGUCUUCUCAAGAACAUGUUCUAAACACCCAAAUGCUAAGAUCGGAGUGUUCUACUGUGGUGCACCCGUCUUGGCUAAAGAACUGAGCAAGCUCUGCCAUGAAUACAACCAGAAUGGUUCCACCAAGUUUGAAUUCCACAAGGAGCAUUUCUGACAAGUCUUUGGGUGCGUAUCUAAUUAUUCUAAGCCCUCCGACCAGAACUAAUCUCUUGAAUUCUCUCCGUGCUUUUGAGCAACAACAAUUAGAUAUAAAAAUACACAAGUAAUAUACAGAAGAUAUACCAUAUGCAUUAUAUCCAUCAACACAGUGGGUGAUAAUGCUUGGCAUUUGAUGAUGGAGCAAAACAAGACUGGUGCUGUUCUUUAUCUUCUGUUGCCUACGUUAGGAUGGAUUUGGGGGAGCAAAGAGGACAUGUUGAAGGAGGUGUUGACCAUAUUGAAAUGAUGUUGCCGGGCAUGAUUGGAGGACAUUCAACUUGGCGGUGGAAAUGCUGUGAAUCCAGAAUCCAGGGUGCAGUUGAUGAUUUAUUCUUGGUGUUAAUCUGUGCCAUAUUUGUCUACACACACACACACACACAUGCUUGCUGUCAGAUUUGUAUGUUUGGUGCGAGUUUCAGACGGCAGUGUAUCCAAAGCAUUAUUCAUAGCAUGGAAAGUUGACAGAUCAUCUAAGAGUCUCUGCAUGUGGGCCCUAAUGAGGCGGCACAUUUUGGUGAGACUAAAAACAGUUGGAGAAAAAGAGAGCAUUGAAUGCAUAUCAAAUGCAUGAUUGUAAAUGACAUCUCAGUGUUUAGGGCUGGCAACAUCAAAACUUAAGGAUGCUGUUUUGCCUUGUUAUUACAGGGUUUCGGUAGUUUUUAUCCAACCCUUGAAAAUAUGUAACAGAUAUCAAUGUUAUUGACCCGGAUUUUCCA